CAUGCGUGAACUAGACGCAUGCGCCAACAACGUCACAUCUAUUUUAGUAUCCAUCUCUCGCACCCACAGAGCGGCGCAUCGCGCUUACAAAAUUGUAUUCUCACUAUCGCACCGAACCAAACGAGAAAAUAAAUACAAACCAGCACGAGGAAAAGCCAAAAUUAAUCAACUCGGUCCUCAAACAUGAUAAAACAGAUAACAAGCGAAACUAGAACUUAAACAACAUUAACAUAAGUGUUAAAAUGCAGCAAUGCGCCACGACAUCGAUCACAGUAUUCCCUGAUGCCAAAACUUCCAACAUAUAGUGUCAAAUAUUUAUCAUGGAGCCGUUUAUCGAUAGGAACAACUUCGCGGUGAGCGCGAUGGUGACGGUAGCCAUGCAAAUAUUAUUUUUCAUGAUCGCUUCCUUGUCCCAGAGCGACAAAGUUACGGAUUUCACUGGAGGUGCCAAUUUUAUUAUUAUCGCUUUGCUUACAUUCUUCCUCGGCCAAGGAGGGAACAAUUUGAAAAGUUAUGACAGCAGACAGCUGAUGGUGACGGCUUUCGUUUGUUUGUGGGGCGUGAGGCUGUCCGGGUACCUCAUAUACCGGAUAUAUCACAUCGGCAGGGAUAAACAAUUCGAGGAUCGCAAAAGUAACACGCUAAGAUUCGCAGUUUUCUACACAUUUCAAGCGGUAUGGGUUUAUAUCGUCAGUUUGCCCGUGAUUAUAAUAAAUUCGUCGCAUCAUUCAUACCCUAAAGCGCCGAAAACGAUGACAACAUUGGACUCAGCUGGCGCAGGUGUUUUUGUAUGCGGUUUGUUGAUAGAGACGUACGCUGAUUUGCAGAAAUUCGCGUUCCGCCAAGAACCGGCCAAUCAAGGGAAGUGGUGUAACGACGGGCUGUGGGGCCUCUCGAGGCACCCGAACUAUUUCGGUGAAGUAGUCCUCUGGUGGGGCAUAUUCAUAAUUUCACUAAACGUUAUCGAAGGCAUCGAGUUUAUUGCAAUAUUAUCGCCUUUGUUCACGAUGGCCAUUAUAUUGUUCUUAUCAGGAAUACCGUUGCUCGAACGAUCGGCGGAUGAAAAGUAUAGAGAUAACCCAGAUUAUUUAUAUUAUAAGGCGUCUACGUCACCCUUUAUACCGAUACCGCCCUCGUUUUACGUGGAAGUGCCAAAAUUCCUCAAAUUUGUGAUGUGUUGUGAGUUCCCGAUCUACGACUACACGCGGGAGGACUUCGCGGCGCCGACGAUCGUCACCGAGACCACCAGCAUAUCCAUGGUGCAGUCUCAGACAUAGCUACUAAACGCCGCACGUGACAUCGUUGCGGCAAACGAAAAAAACAAUACGAAAUGUCAAAACCCACACAAGAACUUGUGAUACACGGCCGAGGAGCGCCCUCCGAAAAAAUUGCCAAAUUCAUUGCCACUGAAACAAAAUAAUACGUUAGAUAUGAA